AUGGCAGCUGUAGGUACAACAAAUUUUGAUUGUUUAGAGAUUAAAACUCGUAGUAUAGAACAAAUUUUGCUCCCCCUUGUUAAACAGAUUUCUUCCUUGGUUGAACAUGGCAGCGCGGGUUCUCUCAGAUCAUCAGCGGUGGCCAGGGUUGGCCAAGCUGUCAACUUGGCAAUUGAAAGGUUCGUCACUGUUGGUGAGACCAUCGCUGACGACUAUUCGGAAAUACGACAGGGCAUGUACGAAGCUUGUAAAGAAGCGAGACAAGCAGGAGGUGCUAUCGAACAGAUAUGUGAUGACACUAGCGAAGAGGUGACAUUUGACAGGACCCUCCUUAUACGCGCUGCGAAAUGCCUUCUAGCUGCCAUUACAAGAGUAUUACUUUUAGCAGAUAUCGUAGUUGUUAAACAACUUCUUUUAGCCAAAGAUAAGGUUUCUCAUAGUUUAGAUCGUUUAGAAUCCGUAAACAAUUUUACCGAAUUCGUAAAAGCCUUCAGCCAAUUUGGCUCAGAAAUGGUGGAACUGGCUCAUUUCACUGGAGACCGACAGAACGACCUGAAGGACGAAAGGAGAAGAGCUCAGAUGGCUGCUGCCAGACAAGUACUGGAGAGAUCCACCAUGAUGCUACUCACUUCCAGCAAAACAUGCUUGCGUCAUCCUGACAGUACGUCAGCCAGGGAAAACAGGGAUACAGUGUUCUGCCAAAUGAGACGAGCCAUGGACCUGAUUCACUACGUUGUCAAAGACGGCGUGCUCAACGGUGGUGAUGCAGGUGCUCACCGCCAGAGGGAGGAGCUUGAGAGUGACAGGGGUACUGCCUACGCCUGCAUGAGGUACUUGCAGAAGUUGCUGGAAGGCUGUAAGAUAACAAUGGAUAUAUCCUGUCAAGAAACACUUCCCGCAGCGUUAGAAGCGGUGCUCGAAAGAACUCAGGACUUUACUGACAGUGCCUACACCAUUCACGAACACAGAGAAGCCAUUUUGGAAGCCAGCGAACGACUUAAGGCCGAAAUGGAUCACCUUCUAGGUCUCUACGCCAAUGUGGUACAAAUAGGUUUUCAGGAUGCCUCAAAUUGUCCGGAAAUUGAGGAAUCCGUACAAGUUUGUAUCAAUUCAGCCAGGGAUCUGUCCAGACAUCUGGCUAAUGCGGCUAUCAAUCAAGCCCAAGAAUUGAGCAGUGCAACUAAGCACGGCUUGGAAAUGGUGGGUGCCAUUCGACAGCAGGCUGUGUCGAGUGACGUUGACAGGUUAAGACACACUUCUGACGAGUUUCAAGAUUCCAUAGAUCACAUUCUGGAGGUUUGCAAGCUUCUUCGACAUGUGGCAGUAUCGGAAACGUUACAAGUAUCGGCCAAGUUCACCGAAAUCAACCUGCGAGUUUACGGUCCCCAAGUGGUCACAGCAGCCAAAACCGUAUCGCUGCACCCCGGCAGCAAAAUAUCGCAGGAAAAUCUGGAAGUUUUCGCGGAAAUGUAUCAGUGGCUGGUGUCGGACGUGACCACAAUCGUCAAGGACGUGCUGGACGCCAGCCAAUCCAAGCCCGAGAAGCAGGUGUACAUGUCUCUGCCGAGACCAGGGAAACACGGUACAACUUCCAAACCUCUUAAGGCUGUGAGAUUAGAUACAGAGGAACAAGAAAGGAUCGCUAAGUCUGGAUUGGAAAUGAAAUUAGCUACUAGCGAAAUGGAGGCUGAAGCUGACAAGUGGCAAGAGAGUAACAACGCCCAAAUGGAUGAGAACAACGACAUAGUAAAAAGGGCGAAAAACAUGUCUUCCAUGGCUUUUUCCAUGUAUCAGUUUACCAAAGGAGAGGGUCCAUUGAAAACCACCCAAGACCUAUUCACACAGGCUGAAUAUUUUGCAGAGGAAGCCAAUAGAUUGUAUAAGGUUAUUAGGCAGUUUAGUUAUCAGGUACCUGGUGGAGCACAAAAGAAAGAUUUACUGGAAAACCUAGACAAAGUGCCAACGUUCGUACAGAGACUGCAAUUCACCGUGAAGGAUCACACUGUCGGUAAAGCAGCGACCUUUACCAAAGUUGACAAUGUCAUACAAGAAACCAAGAAUCUUAUGAACGUAAUCUCUAAGGUCGUUACAGUUUGUUUCGAGUGUGCUACAAAGUACAAGCUGGAGUUCCGAGGCAGCGGCGGCGGUUCGGGACGGGGCAUGGGCGGCGAGGGCAGCUCGUCCAGUGGCGGAGGCGCGACGGGAGACAGCAAGGGCGGCACGGCAUCCGGCUCCGAUCAAAGCUUAUGACAGUUGGGGAUGUCCAGACGCAACAAGGGAGACUCGAGACGCACUCGGGUAUCGUUCUUGUUGUUCUAGGACAUCAAAAAACAAGGGAAAAGUCCGAUUGUAUGCCAGAGUAUACAGGAAGGUUGUUAUUUUGUGUUAUAUUUUUUUUAUUUUAUAUUUCGUUCUUUUAAAAUCAGUAUACUGUCCUGGACAUUUUAUCUUGGUGGCCUCUUUUUUAAUACAUGCGACAAAGAUAAAAAUAAAUGACGGGUUGACAGACAGAGAGACAAAAUAAAAAGCGGCAUACAGUGUUGCCGGUUUUUACGUGUAUAGGCCGGGAUGUGUGUGGAUAGGUAAUUAACUUCGCAUUAUUUUUUCUUAAACUUAACUUUAACUUAUCAAUUAUAUAUAAAAGCAAAUAUUAAGAAAAUGUUACAAUUCGUCUUUGAUUCCUUACAUCAAGGCAAAAUCAUAUUUAACGCUUCAGGACUUUGCGUGGGGUAUUUUAAUACCUGAAAAAAAUUAUUAAAACCAAAGCAAUCAAAACUCAGCUGUAUGAAUGAGUUUGAGGGGCGUGAGUAUCGAAGAUGAAUUGUGACGUUUUCUGAAUAUCCGCUGGUUUACAACUGGCUUUUUUUCGGUUUAUUUUUUUGCUUCGCUUUGAUCCGGCUGGAUAGAGAGGUUGUCCGUUGAGGAUGACAGCGUCUGUACGUUUUAAAUGUAUUUGUCAGACUCUGUAAACUUUCACACAAGGAUUGGUACUCUUUUUCAGUAAGGUUUAUGAAUAAUAACUGUGAUAACCUCUUGUAUUUUCUGGUAUAUUACAUUAUAACACUUAUGUAUACUAUAAUUUGUUAAUAUAAAUGUAUUAAGACAUACAAUUAUAAUGCUCCUGUUGUCACUAAACAUAUAGCUUUAUUUUUUUAAAGUUUGUUUUUUAUAAAAAAAUGUGUAAUUCAAACAGAUAUAUGAAUAUUAAGUAUUAUUAAAAAUUUAUUUAUUUUUGGUGCAACAGGACGUUAUAAAAUUAUAUUAGUUAUUAUAUUAAAUAAUAUUUUUGUAAAUUAUAGGUAGUAUAGCUCAUAAAAGUUAAUUUGAUUUUAUAAAACAUGAGAUACAAGGUUAAAUAAUUGAUUAACAAAGAAAAGGUGUUCAUACCAAUAAAAAUUAUGCAAUAAAAGCUUUAAUUUUUUAUUGUAAUUAUUUCUCAGUAAUUACAAAUGUCAGUCUAAACAAUUUCAAUCUAUACUGUUUUAAGUAUUAUUAUGAAUUGCAUGAUUUAGUUUAUUUUGAUGGAAAUUGGAAUAGAUAAGAAACUUUGAAAUAAGAAAUUGAAAUAUACUCUUAAGGUACAUUCAGGCUGAGAGCGUCGAGCGUCGCGUCGUGUUUGCGUCGCGUCCGCGUGUCGAAAUGGAAUUAAUUCACUUAACUUAAAUUAGACCGUUCCGGCAGACAG